AUGAACAAUCUUCAGCCUCUCACCUUCUUAUUCUUCAGCGGUCCGUAUAAAGGUCGUUCUAACGUCCGCCUGGGCCCGGACGUCCUCCUGAGAGGCCAGUCAGUGGCUCGCAGUCACGCCUUCAUCAACCUGAGGGAGGUAUGCGAUCGCUUCAAAUUGCCACCCGGAGAGUACGCCAUCGUCCCGUCCACCUUCGAACCGCACCGCAAAGGAAGCUUCGUACUGAGGGUGUUCACGGAGAAGGAAGCCCACACCAGCCCCAUGGAGGAGGACGCCGACCUCCAGGAGCCCGACAUCAGGCACAAGGACGUGGACCCUCACCUCAAACACCUCUUCAUGCAGAUCUGUGGAAACGUAACAGCAGUUUUUAUGUCACAGUUCUUACACGGCUCCACUUCCUGUCCACAACAAACAUGUUUUCAUAUUUUCCAGGACUCGGAGAUCUCCGCCUUUGAGCUCCAGCAGAUUUUGGACAAAGCGGAGUAAGAAGAGUUUAACGUUUCACCGGAUUGGGCCCACAGGAAAGUCCCGCUGAUGGUUGUGCUCUGCUCUGAUUUCAGGGUUGGACAUUAUAACCGAUGGCUUCAGCCUGCAAACCUGCUGUGACAUCAUCAGCCUGCUGGAUGUAUCCUUCAUACGAAAUCAUGACACGCAGACAGUAUCACAUGCUAACGUGUGUUUGAUAGAGUUUUAGGACACGCCUCCACUGGAAACUACAAAAAACACAGAAAACUUCCAGAAUUUUCUAACAUCCACGCAGUUUACAGCCCAUCAGCAGAAA